CCGGCGGAGCCAGUCAGUGUCGAGGGUGCCGCCGGACUGCGACAACGUUUCCUUUCUUCCUCAACUUUCCGAAAAGCCAAGUCUGAUUCGGGGACCCGAGCAGAGCGCGCGCAUACGGCAGUACGUGGAGGACAUCAAGUAGUAGCAGUGCCUCAAGAUGAUCGGCGUGGCGGAGCAGCACGGAGGCUGGGCGACCAGCGACCCCAUGGACGUCCCCGGCAAGCAGCCCCUAUACAAGACAGAGGGCUCCCCACCGUCGAGCGUGCCCACCCUCAUGGACGGCGGCAACUACAUCAAGGAGGGCAAGGACGCGGCCAAGAGCACGUGCCUCAUCUUCUCGCCCAAAGCCGACGAGGUGGGCGCCCUGGCCCGCUCCCUCAAGAUGUUCGAGGAGCAUGGCGUGAACCUCCUGCACAUCGAGUCGCGCGCCUCACUGCGUGUGCCCAACCAGUACGAGUUCAUGGUGGAGUGUGCGCCGGGAGGCGACCUGGGCUCGGCCAUCGAGAACCUCCGACAGCGCUCCGCCUACUUCAGCAUCAUCUCCCGCAACUACAAGGACAAUAUGGGCACGGUGCCAUGGUUCCCGCGCCGCAUCCGUGAGCUGGACCGUUUUGCGAACCAGAUCCUCUCGUACGGCGCCGAGCUGGACGCGGACCACCCGGGCUUCACAGACGAAAAGUACCGCGCCAGGAGGAAGUACUUCGCCGACCUCGCGUACCACUACAAGCACGGCGAGCCGCUGCCGCACGUGGACUACACUGCCGAAGAGACGGAGACCUGGGGGAAAGUGUUCCGCGAGCUCACCAAGCUUUUCCCCAAAAACGCCUGCCGGCAACACAACCAUGUCUUUCCCCUCCUCAUCGAGAACUGCGGCUUCCGGGAGGACAACAUCCCACAGCUUGAAGACAUAUCCAACUUCCUCAGAGACAGCACGGGCUUCACCCUGCGCCCCGUGGCCGGCCUGCUCUCCUCGCGAGACUUCCUCGCGGGCCUCGCGUUCCGCGUGUUCCACUCGACGCAGUACAUCCGCCACCCGUCGCGGCCGUUCUACACCCCCGAGCCCGACGUCUGCCACGAGCUGCUGGGCCACGUGCCGCUGCUCGCCGACCCCGCCUUCGCGCAGUUCUCCCAGGAGAUCGGCCUCGCCUCGCUCGGCGCCCCGGACGACUACAUCGAGAAACUCGCAACGUGCUACUGGUUCACCGUGGAGUUCGGCCUCUGCAGGCAGGACGGUACCCUAAAGGCGUACGGCGCCGGCCUCCUCUCCUCGUUUGGAGAGCUGGACUACGCCCUGAGCGGCAAGCCAGAGCUCAGGCCCUUUGAACCGGCCAAGACGGCUUUGCAAAAGUACCCCAUCACAGAGUACCAGCCCGUCUACUACGUGGCGGAGAGCUUUGAGGACGCCAAGGAGAAAAUGAUCAAAUACGCCCAGACUAUUCCCCGACAGUUCACCGUCCGUUACAACCCAUACACACAGAGCAUAGAGAUGCUGGACUCCAAGCCCCACGUGCUCCAGCUGGUCCAUGGCAUUGGUCGAGAGAUCCAAAUUUUGGGAGAUGCUCUGAAGAAGUUGUAGUUAAGAUAGUCAGUGCUAUAUAUAUA